AUGCAAUGGUGUGUGGCUAAGCCUGGCACGCUGACCGAACAACUUAUAAAUAACUUAAACUACGCGUGUUCGAUAGUCGAUUGUCAGAUUAUAUCGACAAGAGGAGCAUGUUAUUCUCCAGAUAAUAUCUAUAAUAUGGCUUCUGUCGUCAUGAAUCUUUAUUACCAAGCUGAAGGAAGAAACUUUUGGAAUUGCAAUUUCGGAGACUCUGGUCUCGUUGCCAUAACUGAUCCUAGUGAGUUUUAUCUAUCUCUUCUUUUUCACUAUACAAUAAUCUAUGUUUUGUUCUUUUGUUUGAUCUCAAAUUAUUUUUGUUUCCGACAGGCUAUGGAAGUUGCAAAUAUGAAUUUCGUAUGUAAAGCAUAG